AUGAAGGAGCGGUUGACAUUAGUGCUGCGGCAUCCGAUACGCGACAAGAUUAUUGAUGCCUUGAAAUCGGUUUCCCCCCAAGUCCGAGACAAACUUUACGUCCUGUUUAACCCGCAACCAAGCUCAGAAGAGUACCUCCACAUUGUGCCUACAUUUUACGCAGUUGCCUCCCAAUAUUGUCCUUCGAUUGAUGUUCGACUAUUGUUGGGGAAAAAGGAAUGGAAUGGAUCAUAUAUUCUUCAUGAUGGGUUGACGGAAGAGGAUCUUGGUUUCACUCCGCUUGUCAACAGGUAUAAAAAUGUUGUUCUGGGUGGAACGUUUGAUCGGAUUCACAACGGUCAUAAAGUCCUGUUAUCGUCGGCGAUUUUGUUGGCCAGUGGGAGGAUUACAUGCGGUGUUACUAAUGGUGACAUGAUCAAAAGUAGGUUGUUUUAAAUAUUUGAGGUUUUCCUUCUAGGCAAAAAACUGUGGGAAUUGAUAGAACCUGUGCAACAGCGAAUUGAGAAUGUCAAGGAAUUUAUUUCUGAAGUUAGCACUGGCUUGGAAUUAAACGUUGUCCCAAUUUUGGAUCCUUUCGGCCCCUCAAUUGUAGAAAAAGAUCUGGAGUGUAUUGUGGUAAGCAAGGAGACGAGAAAGGGCGGAGAUGCUGUUAACAAACGGAGAAUCGAGAAAGGACUUUCCGAGUUGGACGUCUAUGAGAUCUCAUUAAUCGACGGUGAAGAUAAACUAAUGAAUGAAAUAAAGUUAAGUUCGUCCGCGAGACGCCGUCAGAUCCUUGGCCAUCUUCUGAGACCUCCUCUGAAGCCUGAGAUUGAUGUUGGAGAUAAGUUUGUGAUUGGCCUGACCGGAGGAAUAUGUUCUGGGAAAACCCACAUCUCCGCCUUCUUACAAAAGAAUGGAUGUUUUGUGAGUUUUAAGUAUAGAUUUAAAACACGGUUUUUCUAAGACUCGACCACCAUUUCACUAGCUACACGAAAAUUCAAAUUCUACAGAAUUUUAAAAACACCUGCAGGGCCCUGUACUUGAAUGUGACCGACCCUGAAAUAACCACAGUUUCUAUUUUUAUGUGAACCAAGCGACGUCAGUUUAUGAAAUUGAAGGCGUAGUAUAUGAGCAGUCUACAUAAAAUUUGUCUAUAUUCACAGAGAACGAUUCUUCAAAAUUGGGAUAUUUUUGGGUAAUCAUUAAAAACCUUUAUCUCAAAAAUUUGCAACUAUUUUAGCGGAUUUUUGUCUUUGUGUAAGGCAUUAGGCAUCAUGGUAGUAAUGGACAGAGCCAAAGAAAUUGUAAUAUUAUGGAGGUUCCGAAAAUGGCAUUUCUCAAGCGACUGCGCAGUACGAAACUUUGUAGCCGCGGAUGUCGGUUGUUAGAAAAAACGUGUUUUAUGUAAUCUUUCUCCAGGUGAUCGAUUGCGAUAAAGUUGGGCAUGAAGUAAUGAAUGAUAGUGAGGAUGUCAGAAAUGGGAUAAAGGCAGCGUUUGGAGAAGAGAUGGUUAAGGGGGACGCUGUAGACCGCAGAGCGCUCGGAGCGUACGUCUUCAAGGAUAAGGUAGACAACCUAAAUUUCUCCAUUUGUUUUUUUAGAGCCGUUUAGAAAAACUGCAGGAAAUUAUGUGGCCCGUUAUGGCUGAACGUGUGGUGAAAGGAAUUAGGACAGCUACAAAAAAAGUUGUUGUCGUCGAUGCCGCCGUUUUGUUUGAAGCGAAAUGGGAUAGGUUUGUUCAUGAGAUCUGGACUGCGAUGGUGCCCAUGGAACUUGUGAUUGAGAGAGUAAUGAAUCGAGACAAACUGACCAAGGAAUUGGUAGGAUGGUGUUAAAAUACAUGUUGCUUUAGGCCGAGGACAGAAUCAAAAGUCAAAUGAAAACUGAAGAUCGAGUCAAAAGAAGCCAUGUUGUUUUGUGUUCUCAGUGGGAGUAUGAGGAGACCGAACGACAAGUGUUGCUGGCCUUGGAACGUGUCAAGAAGCAUGCUGUCUAA